CGAGUUUGACAUGAGUCAUGGCAAAUCGUAAGGAUAGAGCUUCACGCAAGAGGAAGAGAGCCACCAUCGCAACUUGCCGAGCACGGGCAGCAGCUGCAUUUUCACACCACUCAAGGAAGGCAAAUUCGCCGGAGAGCAGCAGAGAGCAACAGCAUAGCGCCGCCUGUACGCCGUGCUUGGACGACAGUGGUUCUGCAAGAGAUGAUGGCGCAACGGCUGAAUACUGGGACAAUUUCGUCAUCGAGGAGGAGUCUCUGCCGGACCUGAGUCUGGAAUCUAGCGUCACAACUCAGCCAGAGGAGCCAAUCAUUCCCGGAAGGAGAGUUGUGUCACUGACCCAUUUCGUGAACGCUGUUCGUAGUCUCGACGACCACAGCUGCCCUAAGCUGAUUGGACGCUUUGUACUCGUGAAAGAACGCAGGGUGGGGCUCUGGUCGGAGCUUACGUUUGCCUGCAAUGAAUGUAAGAAAAUCAGAAAGUUGACGACUGACCCUGUCACAGAACCAACGUCACUGACUGACAAAACAAAACUGGGAGUCAACGAUGCUGCUGUUUGGGCUUUCAUGAGUAUCGGAUCGGGCCACUCGCAGUUCGAGGAAGCAAUGGCAGUCAUGGAAGUUCCUGCUAUGAGCAAAGGGGCUUUUCUACGCCGGGAGGAGUCCCUGGGAAAGUGCUGGAAAACAGUCCUUCUGGACCAAAUGGUAAAAGCCGGAAAGGAAGAAAAAAGACUCGCGGAAGAAGCGGGGGCUUUUUGUGAGGAUGGCAUAACCCCUUAUAUUACAGUGAUUGUCGAUGGUGGGUGGUCACAUCGCAGUCAUGGACACAGGUAUUCCGCAAACUCUGGUGUCGCUGUGAUUAUAGGAGAGCGCACAAAGAAGCUCCUCUACCUAGGAGUUCGAAACAAGUUAUGCAGUACCUGUGAGCACUAUUCUAGGACGGGAAAGGGCAAGAAAGACCAUGUGUGCUACAAGAAUUGGAACCAAAGCUCAGGGGCAAUGGAGUCCGAUAUUAUCGUUGAAGGCUUCCAGAGAAGCAUGGAAAUGCAUGGUGUGGAAUACCGAACAUUCAUAGGGGACGGGGAUUCAUCCGUUUUACAUCAGAUACUCACGAAAGUGGAGUACGGUCGCUAUGUGAAGAAGAGGGAAUGUGCAAACCAUGUGGUGAAAUGUUACACGAGUCGUCUCUAUGGCAUAGCCAAAGAAACAAAGGGUAGUUCGGCCUUCCUAAGUGGCCCUAGGAUUAAGCGGCUAAAGAAUGGUGCACGGAAGGCCAUAAAACAUUAUGCAAACAUUCUUAGAGAUGUACAGGGUACUGCACAAGAGCCAGCAUGCACAGAAAGUCGAACUUACACGUCAGCUUGCGGGUGACCUCAUAAAUGGCCCAAAACAUGUGUUUGGUUGUCACGACAGAU